AUGACUCUAUGUAUAGUAUUCAUUACUUUUGUUUUGAUUGUCUAUUUGGAAGCAAUAAAUAACAAUGAUGAAGAAUCAUUUCGUAUGGAACUUCGUCAAAUAGAAGAAGAAGAAAAUGAUCAAUUUAUUAAUUUAGAAGAUGAUAAUAGUGAUGAAACGAUUGAAAAUGUUCGUCGAAAAUUUUCACCAUGUGAACCUUGUGGUCUUUUACGUCGUCCAUGCUGCUUUCCAAAUUUAUGUCGACAUCGAUCUGGUAAAAUAAGUGAAUGCUUCAAAGUAUAA